AUGACGGGUUUUAAAUUUAGAAUCGGACAAAUUUUCCAUAUUUGGCAUGAGAAUAAAUUCAAUAUGGCUGAACAGUUGACGAGGGGAUCUACAAGUUGGUAUAUUUAACAUCCUUUUUGUAAUUGCUAUAGCUAUUUUUAUUUAUCAAUCUGCAUAAAUGAGUUCCGUAUAUCAUAAGUAUUCGUUAAAGUGGUAUUCAGAUUUACGAUAUUACUGGUGUUGCCGAUUUCACACGAUAAAUAUUUCCCCGGCUGAUGAAGAAGUUCGGAUUGUAGAUAAGAGGGUGGGUUUGGUGCUUGUUUUGUUUCUGUGUACAUCAGCAAAUGGAGAAAAGGAUUUUUAUUUUUCAUGUAAACUUUUCAGUUGCGAUUGAAGAGUUCUACUGAAAUGGGAACACGUCAGACCUUUUGAUAUCCCAGAGCGAGGAUCCCAGUCCGUAAUGUGUGUGAAGAGACAAUACUAUACAUGUUGAUAAAUCUUCAGGAAAGGGCCACUUAGUGAGAAGCAAUAUCUUACUUGUUCAAGUCUUCCUCAUUGAUCACUUCACUGAUACAAAGAGCAAUGGUUAAAAAUGUACAUGUGGAGAACUACCUCCUACACUUUGUAGACGAAACCUGACUCUGCCAUGGACCAUGGCAGACGUGCCAGAUAGGCUCCGAUAACAGUUUUUCAUGUGUGUGAAUUGGGAAUGGCAAAAAAGGCAGAGGAUAGAACUUAUAAUGUCAGCGUCAUUGGCUUGUCUGGGCCAGAAAGCGUGAAAGGGGCGGUGGGGGUGGGCAAGUCGUGCUUGUGUAACCGCUUCAUUAAUGAUGUGGCGGACAGGUAUCACAUGGAGCACAUCUCCGUCCUCAGUCAGAGUGACUUCGCAGGACGGGUGAUCAAUAACGACCACUUCCUGUACUGGGGGGAGACCACCAAGACUGAUGAAGGCAACAACUUUACAUUCCAUGUCAUAGAACAGACGGAAUUCAUUGAUGAUGUCUCCUUUCAGCUCUUCAAGACAGGUCGCACAGACAACUACUACAAGAGAAGUACGCAGGUCAAAGUGCAGUCUGCAGAGAAGCUGAUGUAUAUCUGUAAAGACCAACUGGGAAUGGAGACUGACAGUGCUUAUGAGCAGAAACUAAUGCCUGAAGGGAAACUAAACAUUGAUGGAUUUGUUUGCUGUUUUGAUGUCAGCAAGGUUUCCCAGCGAACUAUGGAGCACCAGGUGGACUUUGUUAUUCCCCUUUUGAAUGCUGCCAUGAAAACCAAGAAACCCAUCGUCUUGGUGACAACCAAGAACGACGACGUCACUGACGCCGACAGGCGAUACACACAGGAUGUGGUGUUGAAAAUUGUAACACGAAAGGAAUACAAGAACGGCAUUCCCGUAGUUGAAACUUCUGCUCAUAGAAAUGUUAAUGUGGAGCAGGCCUUCUUGGUACUGGCUCACAUGAUGGACAAAAAUAAGCGUCGACCAAUCGUAACUCCCUAUAACGACGCCUUCAAACAGCGUCAGGAAAUUGAAGAAGUUGCUAUUGAAGCUUAUAAGAAUUUGUUACGUAUUCAUGUAACUGAUCCAAAGGCAAUCUUUAAAACAUACCUUAGGAAGUUAGAAAAGGAACCAGAUUUUAACCAUUAUGUUGAACAGUUAGGAACUGAUAAUGCUAAAAAAUUGUUUCGUUUACAUGCGAGACAAUUAAGGGAGGACCAGAUCAGAAAGAGGGAACAAAUAUUUUCUACAAGGUUGUGGGAUUUGAUUCAGCGAUUUUUACCAGACUUGGAGACUAUUGCAGACAGGUCAUGGAGUGCUUGUCAGAGGUAUAUCAAAGACCACAAAGAAUUCAGUCACUUCUUUGUUGAGGUGUGUAAUCCGGAAGAGGGGAAAACGUGGAAGAAUGUACCAUCUUUCAUUGAUAAUUACAAUGAAACGAGAACACCAUUUGACAUCCUUAGUUCCCCAGAGGGGGAGACUGUCUACCAGCGGCAUCUCAAACAGCUCCAGGAGGCGCACAAGAAAAUUCAACUUAGAGAUCAGUUCAAGAAGCUCCUGUCUGAGACCUCACAGGUAACCCCUGGGGCCACCCUUGAAGAUACCUAUCUCUCAUUUGUGGGGAAGGACUGCUACAUAGGGCUCUCCCAGUCAGAGCGUGACGAUGUGUUUGAUGACUAUCAGGAAGAACUUAAAAACCAGGUAAAACACGAGUUUCAUGAUCUUCUCUGGGAACGGACGGAGACAUUUAUACGACAGAGAAUGCAGCCAAACUCCUCGGACAAAAUCACACAGGAGGAUCUCAAUCUCAUUAAAGAGGAAAUCGAGAAAGAUCCCAGGUACCGUCGUUUGGACAAAAUGGAAGAUGACCGUGAUGUGAUUCUGAUCAAUCAUUUGGGAUUUUUGGAGUGUCCCUCCAGUGAGAGGUGUUACUACAAAGAUCUGUGUGCCGAGACUCAAGUGCAAUCAGUAUUAGAGAUAGCUGGCAAGACAGUCAACCGUUCAUCAAAUAGGAUAUCUGCAGUUUCUGAAAAGGAAUGCCCACUUAAUUUGGUUCUCUUAGGAUGUGAGGGGCUGGCCACCAAACUCUUUCAGCAAAUUAGGGAGAUGUUUGAACAUGACCAGUUUCAGUACAAUGACACAAUCUACAAUGUGGACUACCGUCCCAUUGAGGAUGAUGUUAGCUUAGAACAAAAUGCUUUUCAAACUACAGAAUUUAAGCCAAAUGGUUGCUUAUGUAUGUAUACAUCGGACUCCUCGCUCAAUUACAUUGCCUCAAGUUUGGAAACUGUUCUGACGGCUGAUGUCCCGGAGGAAGAAAGCCUCAGAAAUCUUCCUAUUGUCAUCAUGCACGGAUAUGAUUCGCAGCUGUCUGAGAAAGAUAGCUUAAAGCUACAACAGAAAGGACAGGAUCUAGCUAGAAAAAUGAAUUGUGAUUUUGUAUACAUUCCUGAGGACAACCCAGAAGAUAUGCUUCUUAUUCAAGUGGAAGAUGCUCUCUUAGCUCUGGUCCGAACUACAAACGGAUUCAACCUACAGUUGGAACCUCAACUAAGGAUUGCAAUGUGUAUCAUGUGCGGAGAAGACUUCAAGGUGGACAUUCCUAUAGGUCCAAUUUUGAACAGUAGCGCCACCUACAUAGAUGUAGAAAAUGAUCUCUCUGUUUCAUUAGAACUGAACUUAGAAAGUAAUCCAGAUUGUGGCAAACAAAAAGUGGAGGUUUGUGUGGGAGCGUAUCAUAACUUCAUCACUAGGGUGUUUAGGGAGGAGGAGGAAUUUCAAGGGUUUAUUCUAGUCUACAGUCCAAUGAGACAGGCAUCGUUUGCUGCUAUGAAAGCUUAUGCCGAAAAUCUGCGCAAUAUAUAUUCUAUAAUGCCCCUUAUGAUCGUUGCUGUGAAGGAUCCAGCUAGUCGUCUUUACUCUAAGGAAUUGAUUGUAGCAGGGGAGAGGAUUGCUGAGGAAUUAGUGGCAGAAUUCAAGGUCACCACUGCAGACUUCAAGCAGCAAACGGCAGUUUAUCUGCCCUUUAUGAAAGAGGCCUGGAACAAACGAGACGAAUUAGAGUCAAUAUACUGUGACCCCAACAGCCCUCCAUACGACACCAAGCUAGACAUGAGACCCCCAGCCCCACUCCCCGAGUCUUACCAAACUACCAACAGCAGCAGUAACAGUCAAAGUACAGAGAACUCCGAACCUAAUGAACCCGUGUACACACAGGAACCGAUAUACGAUAAACCGUUUAUGCUUCACCCCUCCGACAGUGAACUCUCGUCAACCUCUCCCCCUCCCCACAGGACGGCGACUCCCCCCAAUGGAGAGUUACCUAGUCGUGAUCAGCUGGUCAAGCCAAGCAUGCUUCGGAAAAACAGGGGAUCAAAUGCAGUUUCCGGGGGAUACCAUCGGGAGGUGUUUCGCAGGUCAUUCCCUGUGAUUGAAACCGAUUCGUUACGCUUGAUAAGUUGCAAGAGUCUGGAACACACAGACUCUGAGAGCACUCCUAGUCCAUUUCAGUUUAGGAAAUCUUGUAGUAUGAAACUAGCGAUGAAGGAAAAAGAGCCAGCAUGGGCAUUAAAUGAGCCCCAGAGACCGAAGAAAGCGUCUACUUUCCCGACCGACGUGCGUCAGUCCGCCCGGGAGAAUGAUUCUUGGACGGACCCCUCAAUGCGUGAAUCCACAGAGUCACAAAAUUCAGGAGAUGAUACAAUCUGGGCGGAGAAUGAUCUCUACCAGAGGGCGUCAACCUUCAUGAAAGAUCCAGCAUUUAAGGCUUCACCGAAGAAAAGCUUUAAAGGAGACGCGCCACUGGCCCAGCCAGAACAAGACAUUAGUCUGGCUGAUGACUACGGAAUACCAAAGGAUCAUCGUUUUGCGGGUUCAGAUGAUGCUGAUUAUGCCUCUGUAUACGGAGCUCUGGAACCUGGUCGUCGUCAGCGUAUCAUGUCACAAGAACGCAAAUCCAAAAAGAAAGCUCAAGACUCAGAUGACUCUGAAGAGUUCAGUUCACUAGAGCGUGACAAAAAAGAGAAAGAUUCCAUUUACAGUCGAGUGAAUCGGAAACCCACACCUCACAAAAAGAAAACGAAGCAAAAAUCACAUGAUGGCCAAGUGUACACCAUCCCUGUGUAUACUGACGAACGUCCACAGGGAAAUCGACGCAGGGACAUCAGGGGAAACUUCAGAGAAUGUGACACUGAUAUGCCCAAAGAAUACUCCCACACCAUGCCACGGGGAGGGUUUCCAGGGGAAGACUUUGACCUCAAUGACAGUGGGAGCUGGAUGACCAAAUUUAGAACACUGAAACCUGACAAGAACCGGCGGAAGGAGGAGAAAAGGAUCAAAGACGAUGAAAGGAGGAGGCAAAAAGAGGAGGAAAGAAAACAAAAAGAACAGCAAAAAGCUCAAAAGAAAAAGAAGAAGGAUGGCCGUCCCGGAACGUCUGAGAGUGCCUGUAAACUCAGCGAGUUUCCCAUGUCUAGUAAUAACCCUUCCUUGCCACAGUUUGUAGAGACAUGCGUGGAGUACAUAGACAAUGAAGGUAUGAAUACAGAGGGUAUUUACCGUAUCCCUGGCAACAAGCUACAGGUGGAACUUCUUCAUGGUAGAUUACAGGAGGAUCCGUCGAUAGAAAUCCGAAAAUUGGACAUCCAAGUGAAUGCAGUGGCUACAGUGUUAAAGAAUUUCAUUAAUGACACUGAGCCCCUGAUUCCCCCGAAUCUACACGAUGAGCUGCUGGAAGCUGCAGAAAAGAUUACUGAACAAGAUGAUGAUUCUGAAGGUAUGCCUGACAAGAGCUCAAAGCUACUGGCUCUAAGAGGUGUUCUCAAAAAGAUUUAUCCCACAAAUUAUGAAGUGCUAAAGUAUUUCAUUACUCAUCUUCAGAGGGUGAGCCAGUUCAAAGCUACACAUAACAUGAACAGUUCCAACCUGGCCAUUUGUUUAUGGCCCACCCUUCUAAGGAUAGACUUUACCGGUAAAACUUACACAGAUAUGACCCAGAUGACUAAACUUCCCGCUAUCAUAGUACAGACUCUUAUAGAACAGUGUGGAUUCUUCUUCCACGGCGAAGAUGAAAUCUCCGAGGUUGUGUGAUGGCCAGGGAAAGUGAUUGCUGUUCAGACUCUGUGAGAACAUUAAGCCUAAUUAUUUAGUUCAUAUCACUGUAGGAGACAAUAAUGGGGAGAUUACGAGGAUUGUGGCGAAACGUAGUGCCAGAAAGUUUGUGCCGCACAAAGAAAUAUAACUGCCAACUUAGCAGACCGGCCCUCCAUGCCAUGCAAUGGCAGACUGUCACCGGGAGGAGUUCGGCAGCUAACUGUUCAAUAGGUUGGCAGAUUUCAGAGGCAUUUUCUUGUUCAUUUAUUAUAUAGUGUUUUAUUACAAUUUUAGUGGGCCAAUAUACCAGUGCAUAAUAUGUGUGUGGGAGAUUGUUGCAAAGGAAUGGAAAAGAUUGAUGCUUUGUUAUUAAUGUCAAUGAUAUCAAAUAUUCCGCCUCAUCCAUUUUUUUUUUUUUUUUGAAUUGUUUUACUUAUAUAUUCAGAUUAAACUGUAUUGAUGUCCAUUUUCAAGAUGCUAUGUAUGCAACCCAGAAAUUUUGUUGGAGUCUUGUGGUCAUUCUCAGUUAUGCUGAAACUCAUCCUGAGUGUACACUGUGUGACAAUUUAGGUAUAAUAUUAAAGCAAGUGCUAUACGAUUUUGAAGACCAAAUGAUAGUAGUCAUUGUCUUGUGUAUGAUAGCAAACUUAAAAUCUCUUCUUUUUUAUGAAUGUUUGACUUUCUGCUGUUUUGUUAGAGAACACCCUUUUCAGCUGUGAUUUGAUAAUGUUGAUUUUUUGUGAUAUCUGUUUCAUAUAUUAUGUUAUUUUUGACUCUAUAUUGAAACUGUUAUUCAUUUUGGAGAAUCAUGAUUUCAUUUGCUCUCAUUUUUCCCCAGAUGGAAAAAAAUAUUUAGAAUUUUUUUUUUUUUGCAAUGACAUGUAGAUACUAGUGAUGAAUAUUACAAAACCCUAAACAUUGCCAUAAAACUUAGAAUUUGUAGACCGGAUUUCUCGUGAUUCCUAGUCUGAAUCUUCUAAGGUAAAAGAUUUAUAGGAGUUUGGAGUUUUUAUCUCUCUCUCUCUCUCUUUCUUUAGAGUGGCUUUUAAGAAGAUUUUAGAUGGCAGUUUAUUACAUGUGAUAGCUACAUAUACACACAUUUUCUAAGUAUUUGUCAUUUUUACAGGGCUUUAAUUUUCAGUUAUGAAUUAGUGACAGAUUUUGAUUUAAUUUUUUUUUUUUUUAAACAUGUUGAGUAUUCACAUCCAAAUUUCACCAAGAAGUAUAAUUUUGCCUGUAUUCUCUUAUUUAAAACCACCAUGUAAACCUUACUUUGUGUAUUAAAAAAAUGCAUAAAGUCAGUCAUAUUUAUUAUAUAUUUAUAUUUAACUGCAUACCCAACAACAUAAGUGAUACUCAUCCCAGUUAAGAAUAGUUUUACAUAUAUCUUGUAGUGCAUUUCAGAGCAAAUAUUGGGAGCACAGCAUAUGAAGAUUUUAAGAAAACACUGAUAAAGUUGCAGGGCAGUUGAGACUAAUGUCAGCAAUCUAUGUGCCAUGGCUAAUGGUUGAAAAAAUACUUAGAAUUAUUUCAAUCUACUGGGAAAUCAUUUAUCCCAGGUUAUGAACUCUGUGUAUGGAAGUUGCCAAAUAAUUCCCAUGACUUCAACUCUUGAAGAAAAAACACAAAGCCUUUUGAUUGGGCAAUAUUUAUUGUGAAAAUUCAGACUGAUUGCAUCAUAAUUUCAAGAAGAUCCCCCCUUGAAACUCUCUAGUCCAAAGCUUCAAUGUGUCUUUCAUAUAAUCAUGUAAAAUGCCAUUAAAGACACUGUGUUCAUUGUCAGAUAAGUCAAUGGGGGAUUGUCGUGUAAGUAAGUAGACAAAAUACUUUUAUCAUACUUUUUGUAGUAGUGGACCAUGAGAUACCCAGAGCUCUACAUUAAAGGAAUGUUCAAAAAAAUUAAUUGAUUUUGGUUACAUUUAUUCUCAUCAUUGUUGUACAAUUCUCAGUACUUGUAGUCCUUUGAUUUUAAUGCUUUUGACCAAGCUGUUAGACAACUACAAUAUAUGACCAAAGCAUAUGUGUAACUGUAUUCUCCUAUUCAGACUGUUGCUCAGGUUUAUAGAUAUGUUAUCCAAACCAAUAAUCAGUGUAGUUACCCAAAACCUCUGUAAACUCCAGCCUGGACAUAUAUUGACCAGUUCAAAUCUCUGUAAACUCCAGCCUGGACAUAUAUUGACCAGUUUAAAAACACUUUUUAAGUUAUGUAUUGUUUAGGUUUAUGCAGAUCUCUGUUACAGGGUUGUGAAAUGGAAAGAAAAAAAAAAGAAAAAAAUUGGCAAGAUUUUAUUACCAUGCAAAGAGAAUGGGUAAACUUGACAGAUGCAGAUUUUUUCCUCAUAUAUAAUGAAGUAUACCAAGCUUGCCUUUGUAAUUUGUUUUUAUUGGUUAGACAUUCUGUAUGACAUUUCCAUGUGACUUGUCAUAUGGGUAAACUACCAACAGUACAUGUUGAAUGGUUUCCACUGCUGCUAUUUAAUUUGCUUUAUACAGAGAUGUACAAUAAUUCAAUAAAAUGUCAAUAAUUUA